UGACAAGAGUAAUUCCCAGAAGCCGGGGAGGGAGGCUGCAGAAAGGGACUUAGGCUCUUCAGCAACUCAGGCAGGUGCUUCCAACCUGCUCCUUUGGCUGGGCAAGCGAAACCAUCAGCUGGGAGUUUGUUUUUAUUCCCCUCUUUGUUUUCCAAAUCUAUUUCUAUGCAUCGUUUUUGAUCUGGAUUUUUUUUUAACAAAGCAAAAGAUAUACCACACGUUUUUAACCAUCAGAGAUGCCUUGUCUUCAGGCACAGUAUGGGACCUUGCCACAAAGUGGAGGACCAUAUGAGGAUUACAGUUCUGAUUUCUUGACUCCUGAGUUUGUAAAGCUUGGAAUGGACCUCGGCACCACGGAGAUCACUGCCACCACCUCUCUUCCCAGCUUCAACACGUUCAUUGACAGCAACAAUGGGGACUUUGAUGCCUACUUGUACCAACUGAUGCUUACCAACCAGCAGUCUCCAUUUAAAGUGGAAGACGUUCAGAUGUUUGGCUGUUACCCAGCCUCAAUCAACAUGCAUUUGGAAGAGGUGCUACCUCAGUGUGGAUCUUCUCAAUAUUACAAUGGAUCUUGUUCCAUCCCCUCACCUUCAACCCCCACUUUUCAAAUGCAGCAAGUAUCCAUAUGGGAUGAUUCUUUUCCUCAUCACUCACUGCAAUAUGGUGAGGUGGAUCAUUUGUUAGAUCAACAAAAAAAUGUGUCCCAACUUUCAUUCUUUUCUUUUAAGCAGGUACCUUCAGAGUCUCCUGUGCCACAAUGCCACAUGAGGCUCGAUGCGAGUUCCCAUGGAGCUAACCCUGUCCACCAGCUUGUUGAUACCAUGUCUUAUGAUGCCACCAACCAAGCCUCCAUGAAUUUUCCUACUCUCCCCAUGGACCGUGGACCACGGCUCUUGGAUAGUCCCAUUGUUAUAGACAAUCCCAUCCACUCUCCACCGGUUCGUAACCCCCCUUCCAAUGAGGGCCAGUGCGCGGUGUGUGGAGAUAACGCUUCCUGCCAACAUUACGGUGUACGGACCUGUGAAGGAUGCAAAGGUUUCUUCAAGCGCACGGUUCAGAAAAAUGCCAAGUACGUCUGCCUGGCAAACAAAGACUGUCCCGUGGAUAAACGGCGACGGAACCGAUGCCAGUUUUGCCGCUUUCAGAAAUGCCUUGCUGUAGGCAUGGUCAAAGAAGUGGUCCGCACAGACAGCCUGAAAGGUCGCAGAGGUCGACUUCCAUCCAAACCAAAGAGUGUUCAAGAAGCCACGCCUUCAAAUGUUCCAGUUAGUCUCAUCACAGCGCUGGUCAGGGCACAUAUUGAUUCCAACCCAAUCAUGUCUAAUCUAGAUUAUUCCAAGUUCCAGGAAUCCAGCGUUUAUCAGCCUCAGGAAGACGAGGCUGGCGAUAUCCGACAGUUUUACGAGUUGUUGGCUGGUUCGAUGGAAAUGAUACGCAAGUGGGCGGAGAAGAUUCCGGGAUUCAAUGGUUUGCCUAAGGAAGAUCAGGAUCUACUACUGGAAUCUGCUUUCCUUGAGCUCUUCAUCCUCCGGUUAGCCUACAGGUCCAGCCCUGACGAAGGCAAGCUGAUCUUCUGCAGUGGCAUCGUCCUCCACCGUCAGCAAUGUGUGCGCGGCUUUGGCGAAUGGAUUGACUCUAUCAUUGACUUCUCCGGCACCCUGCAGCGGAUGAAGAUCGAUGUGUCCAGCUUCGCUUGCCUUGCAGCGUUGGUUGUCAUAACAGACCGGCACGGCUUAAAAGAACCCAAGAAGGUUGAAGACCUGCAGACCAAGAUAAUAACGUGCCUGAAAGACCAUGUCACAUCCAGUGCAGGUGAGCAGAUGCGGCCAAACUACUUAUCCAAGCUUCUGGGCAAGCUGCCAGAACUGUGCACACUCUGUACACAAGGACUGCAACGCAUUUUUUACCUGAAACUCGCUGACCUGGUUCCUCCACCUGCCAUUGUCGAUAAGCUAUUCUUGGACACGUUGCCUUUCUAGAAAAGCUGCCAAGCUGUGUGACUGUUGAACUGGACCCCAGCCAUCAUCUUUGAUGUUGCAGUAUGAGCAGGGAGUUCAACUUACACUGGAACCCGUUCCAAAAUUGGAUGGCUUCAGGAAAUGGACAAAUACGCUAUGCGCUAAUUGGGUUUGCUGUUUUUCAAACAUGCUGUUUUUAUUUUAUUCAGCAUUACAGAUUGUUGGAGAAAAAAAUGUCCCUUUACUACAUUGCAGUUUCUACAAAGCAAUCUAACCAUCCAGCUUCUCUGAGCUUUCACAAACUUGGGAGAUCAGAUAUUUUCAGAGAAGAUAACAGCACUGGUUAGAGACACUCUCUCCCUCUGUCCCAUAUGUCAUGGCCCUAAAUCCUAAACUUAAGAAUGAAUGCAAUGUGAAGCCAUUUCGUGUUGUACACUAUCAAUUAUAGUCAUCUAUCACAGCUAGAGAAUCACAAAUGACAAUCAAGGAACAUGGUCUUUGGGCCAAAUGGGAAAAGUCAAGACUGAACUUAUUUCAGCCAUCAUUUAUCUAAGAAAAUGGAUAUGUUCUUUAUCUGUCUGGCUGGAUUUGUAAUAAUAUGUCAGAUGUACGAAUACCAUGUGCAACCCAGUCAUCUUAGGAAAGAGUAAAGCUAUCUGAGAUGGAUUUUGAAAGGACAAUAUUUGUGAACAGUGUGAUAAGUCAAUCUUCAAAAGGUUCUUUCAAGGCCAGACCUGGACAGUCAGGACUGAGAAGCCUGAAGUGUGACAGACUAAACCUUGAACAAUGUCACAAACGUAUUCUGCAUGAAUAUUUGACACUAUGGUUUAGCAAAAAUAAAAAAAAAGGCAAUACUGAAAAAGCACACAGCCCUGACUGGAAGCUGUGACACUUCCAGUUAUGACGACUACACUCAUGUAAUGUGACACAAUUUAAUGGUACUAGCUUGGGUGUGUUAAAAAGGUUAUUUGUCUUGUUAAGGUAUGUUUUCCUUCUCUAACAGCAUUGUGGGUGUAACUGCACCCUAUGGACUGCAGUGGUUCAAGAAGGCAGCUCACGACCACCUUCUCAAGGGGCAGUUAGGGAUGGGCAGUAAAUGCUGGGCCCAGCCAGCAAUGCUCAAGUCCUGUGAAUGAAAAAAAAUGUAAUCCUGGAACUAAGAGUGGAUCAAUUUCAGUUUGUAGUAACCCCUCAAGGAAGGGUUCUGAGACUUGUGCAUGAGAGAGCAAAGCCACUUGUCCCAAUGGAAACAGGCACUUUAUGGGUUGAGUUGGAGGGGAGAUUGGGGCAGGCAGAGAUGGUGGCAAUGACAGUUGAGAUAGAGAGUGUGGUCUACGAUUCCUUUCAUUAAUCUCGCUAUUAGUUGGCUCCUUAGCUAUAGCAGAAACCCAUAUUGGUCACAUCCACCAAUGAGUUCUUUGGUUCCUUAAAUGGACUGUAAACGUUUUCAAGCGGUUAUUCCUGGCUUCAGUUAAUGGUCACCCAUAUGACAAAAGGUUCAAAUCAAUUGGUCUAUUGACUGGUUGACCUUGUGAGGGAGCAAGGGUGAAAGAGAUGUAUUGUACUGUCGUGGCUGGGAAUAAUUGCCUGAUUUUAUCAUAUAGUGAGAGUAUUAUGACUGGGAAUAACAUGCUUUAAUCUCAAACAAGGAGCACUGAAUAAAUUGUAGUACUUAACAUGUCUGAUGCCAGAAUGAAAAUGUGUAUAUUUUAUAUUGGUUUAAAAAAAACUCAGACUAUGUUGACAGUGCCUUACCAGUCAUUAUGUAUAGAAGGUGUUUGAUUCUGAUGUUUCCAGGAAAUAGUCGAAUUCAAUGCACAAUGUGUCGUCAUGAUAUUGAACCCUCAUGUGUACACUUUUAAGGCUAGCUUCUAGGUUUACGAAACUGGUCUCUUCUGCUUUGGGAUUCGGACCUUUACAAUGGGGCAGCUCAAGUAUAAAGUUAUAGCCACAUUUUUAGACUUCAACCAGGCUUUUAAUACGGACCAUAUUUGGUUGGGGUUCAGAAUGAGAGAACCACAAUGGCGAGGCUUUGGGAAUCCUGGCGAAAUGACGUGCCCAACAUUGUGAAAGCAAAACCCUUUGGUUGCUGAGAAUCUGAAAGAAAGCAGAAAAUGCUGGAAUUCCUGAAUGUGCGUGGCAACCUCUGUGCAGAGUGGUAAACCAAGUUUGCAUUUUGCAUCUGUGACAUCUCAUCGAGUCAUACAAAAAAGAAACAGGCCCUUUGGCCCAACUUGUCCAUGCUGACCGAUCUUAUCAGGGUCAUGAACCCAAAACAUUAACUCUCCACAGAUGCUGCCUGACCUGUGGAACAUUUUCAACAUUUUCUGUUUUUCGUAACCACUGACCCCAUUGGUACUUCAGCUGGUCCCUAUUGAGGUCCACCUGCUUAUGAUAAUAAGACUUUGUAAUCUAGGAGAAAAUGUAAGAUGUUGUUGCAAAAUGCAUAUACUUUUCUAUUGUUAAUAUAUAUUUUUAAACCAAUUUUAUUUUCCAAUGUGAGGGUAUGACGUCAAGAUGUCUAGCUUGAUGUUUAAAAAAACCUGUCCUCUCUGAAAGCAAUCUCUCCCAUUGUCACGUCUGUUCUGUGCACAAAUUGUGUGUGGGGUCACUUGUGGAGUUAGUGCUAAUAAAAGCUUUUAUCUAUUCCAGCACUGUUCUGAACCAUCCUCCCUGGUGAAGCACGCAUUCUUAAACAUUAAGUCUCGUCCAUAUCCCAAUAAAAGGCCUGAUUGAGCACAAA